UUAAUGCUCGGUUUUUCAGGAACUGAUUAAGGGGGGGGGUUGCGUGUAGUAACCUGUCUAGGCCAGAGUUCAGAAGCACUUUGAUUCCCACACAUCUAAGGACAUCUUAAGUGUUUCCUUUUUCUACAUUUGCGAGAAGCUUCAACAGUCUAGAGAGGUUAAUGUUUUACUUCAUUUUCAGUAACAACAUAAAUAUGGAAAAGAUUAAGAAAGUAGAUGAUACCAGUACAUUAAAGUGUAAUGUUCUGUGGCUUGACGGCACAUAGAAACACUAGUGCAUAUAGUUUCAAGAUUAGUAGUCUUUCCUGAGCACUCCUGGGUCAGAAGUUACAAGUCGAAUUAUUUUUAGUCCCAACAGUAUAACCCAGUACUUGCAACAUAUAACACUAUUGGAAGGGUCUGGACACAGCUGCACAUGUCCGUCCUUGUGGCUUGGUGUUUUUCCCAUGCUGGGUUGGAAAGUGGAUGGUGAAUUUCCUAGACUGCUUUUUGUUUUGCCUUGCCAACAGGAACCUGUGUCAGUGCGAUUAACAUCCACAGCUGUGACCAGCCUAGUUGCUUCUUUACAACUUCCCAUUGUAAAAGUCAGAUUUAGGUUUCGCAAGGAACCUCCAUGAAAUAACUUUGUGUAUGGUUUCCUCCCUGACGUAACUCAGCCCAGAUGUCAAAUUUACCAAAAGCUUCAUUGAAGAACUCAGAUCAUCUUUUGACAACCAUAGACUGAAUUUGGGUUUUGUAGCAAAACUUGAAAAAAUGCCUGUUGUUAUGAUAGUAGCUAGUUUUGCAUAGUUCUGAUGAAUAUUUGAGAUGAGGAAUACACAGCUAGAGAGAUAACAGGAUCUUUGCUUUUAAUUCAUCAGAACCUUUAGAUGAUAAAAGAAGAUCUGCUCUCUGCUUCUCAUUACACCUCACAGAUACAUGCAGGCAGUUGAUUUGGGCUGACUGAGACCAGUGAGGUCAUUUCAUACACAAUCAACAGCUGUGAAAUAGCAGCUGGCUUUACUUAUUAGCAAAUUUUGCUCAUUAUACACGCAGUCCAGCAAGCCUAUCUUAAUAUUUCCCCCUCCACGGGUACCCUUUGGCUUGUUUUGAAACACAAGAGAUGGACAAAUGGAGCUUAAUGACCAUUGCUGUCUUACUAGGACUCACUGUACGUUGGACAAUUUCACUUGGUUCUUAUUCAGGUGCAGGAAAACCACCUAUGUAUGGAGACUAUGAAGCUCAGAGACACUGGCAAGAAGUUACUUACAAUCUACCGAUCAAGCAGUGGUACUUCAAUACCAGUGACAAUAAUCUACAGUACUGGGGCCUUGAUUAUCCACCUCUUACUGCUUAUCACAGUCUCUUGUGUGCUUACGUUGCAAAUUUAAUAAAUCCUGAUUGGAUUGCUCUCCACACAUCCCGUGGGUAUGAGAGUCAGCCGCAUAAGUUAUUUAUGCGUGCAACAGUUUUUAUUGCUGACUUGCUGGUUUACAUACCCGCUGUUAUCAUGUACUGUUGUUAUUUAAAAGAAACAUCAACUAAAAAAAAGGUCUCCACUGCUCUUUGUGUAUUGCUUUAUCCAGGUCUUAUUCUUAUUGACCAUGGACAUUUUCAAUAUAACUCUGUGAGCCUUGGCUUUGCUCUUUGGGGUGUACUUUUCUUGUCUAAUAAUUGGGACCUUUUAGGGUCAGUGGCAUUUUGUUUGGCCAUAAGUUAUAAACAAAUGGAGCUCUACCAUUCCUUGCCUUUCUUUUGCUACCUACUUGGAAAAUGCUUCAAGAGAGGCCUAACAGGAAAGGGAUUAGUGCUGUUAAUUAAAAUAGCAGUUACAGUGGUUGCUGCUUUUGCUAUGUGCUGGCUCCCAUUCUGCACAGAAGCGGAACAAAUCCUGCAAGUACUCAGAAGACUUUUUCCCAUUGACCGAGGCUUGUUUGAGGAUAAAGUAGCCAACGUUUGGUGCAGUCUAAGUGUCCUUAUAAAGAUAAAGAACAUUCUUUCACCUCAGACUCAGCUUAAACUCAGCUUUGCUUUCACAUUCCUGAGCCUACUUCCUGCUUGUAUAAAACUAACUCUUCAGCCCUCUCUCAGAGGAUUCAAAUUUGCUCUGGUUAGUUGUGCAUUGUCAUUUUUCCUAUUCUCCUUCCAAGUACACGAAAAAUCUGUUCUUCUAGUAUCAUUACCAGUCUGCUUAAUCAUAAAUGAAAUCCCAUUCAUGGCUACAUGGUUUUUACUUGUAUCAACUUUCAGCAUGUUGCCACUUCUGUUGAAAGAUGGCCUCUUAUUGGCCUACAUUGGGACAACAUUAGCCUUUCUUACAGUCUGCACAGCUUCUUUUUCAAUAUUUGAAAAGACUUCAGCAGAAGACCUGCAGCUGAAAUCGUUUUCCCUUUCCAUUUGGGGAUACAUUCCUUGGUUAAAGCCAUUCCCAAAGUUUGUUAAGAGUCUGUUUCUCAUCUCAAUAAUUCUGAUGGGCGUCCUCAGUUUAAUGAGUGCUACACUGAAUCCUCCACAGAGGCUACCAGAUUUAUUCCCAAUAUCUGUGUCUGUUGUUUCCUGCUUACACUUCUUAUCCUUCUUGAUGUAUUUUAAUAUUGUUGUACUGUGGGACUCAAGAAAUAGUAGAAACCAGAAGAAAACCAGUUAGUUAAAUCCAAACCUGUAAAAAUCCAGGACUAAAUUGCAAAGGGACUGACUGUUUUCAUUGAAUUAUGUCAUGCAGCUAAACCACUGUGUGUUUUAGUGCACUUCCCAGGAUCUGAUGUAAAGCAGGAAAGAAAAUGUUUUAUACUGAAACACAGAUAAGUUGAUCAUAACUCUUGUUUUAAGGGAAAAGAAUUGCUAUUUCCAAAGAAUGUCUGAAAUUUAACUUGGCCUGUUAGUCUCCAGAAAUGUAAUACUUCUGAUGUUGCUUGUAAACUGAAAAUACAUAAUUAAAAGAGCAAAAUCUUGAACCUGAGCUAGCAGUGCCAGUUUAUUUUAGCAAAUCCCCAAAAUUAAUUUGCUAGUGUCAGUUUCACCCAUUUCCUAGCAUGAAAUGUGUAAGUGAUUCAACGUAAUAUAGGUUAAACAAUAACUCUUGGCUGUUACUUCCAAGUGGUCUCUUGCUGGCCCGGUUUGAUUACAUAAAUUAAACUUCCUUGCACACUAUUUCACUGUCCUCCAUCAUUGUUUCAAAUGAUAUGCUUAAAAUCAUCAAGGCCACUUCACUAAUAGCCAUAGCUCAGUAUCAUAGUUCAUGCUAACGUGACCAUCUUAUUCUGACAUUAACCUCUACACCAGCUGAGGUCCAUUUUUACUUCAACAAGAGUUACGGGGUGCUCUGGUUGUCAUUACUGUUUUCCCUCCAUAUCCUCUUUCAUAAGGACAAUGUAAUUUACUAACCCUACAUCAACAUAGAUAAUUCCCAUCAAUUUUAUGACCUAAAUGGAAUGGUUGGUCUCUUAAAAUUUGAUAAAACUCCAUCUUCUCUUCUAAGAUGUUUAAUUUUAAAAUAUAUGUAUUGUUGGGUAGAGUCCUGUAUCAUUAACCACAAGCUGGACUCCAAUUUCGCAGCACUUAGGUGACAGGCUAAGAAGUUCCAUGGAACCUUCAUUUAAGCUAUAAAGUUUUGCUGAAGGCAAUACAAAAAUGAUUAAGCAAUCAGCAUAGUGUGCUGUACAUGACUUCCCUGUCCCAACAUUUUCAAAACAUCACACACAAAUAUGUGCUUGUUACUGAAAUGCAAAGCUGUUAGUGGGGGGACAAGGUGCCUCCAGAUAACUUGAGGCUUUUUGCCCAGAAUGGGAGAGCAUCUCUUUCUCCUGUCUUCAUCCCCUGGAGUAUAUUCAUCAUCUUGUUCCUCAUGCUGACAGUGUCCAACAAUACUCAGUAGAUUUAUUAAAAUCAUUACCAGAUCCUGUCUUGAUUUGGUUCCUGUCUUACUACCCAAUUGAGAUCAACUGAGUUAGUAGUUGCUGCAGGCUGUCAACAGAUUCCUGCAGACAUCACUGCUUCAGUUUAUGCUGCUCACCUUUCGCUGAGAUCCCACAGAAACAGAUUUUACAGUAUUCUUUGUACUGGGGCAUCUAGAACUCUGAAUAGGUAUCUAAAUGGUAUGUAAAUUUAGGAAAAUAAAUUAGUUAGGCUAAUUGAAAGCUGAGAUGUCAGAUCAAAUAUCUGAAGGAUUAACUAGAUUUUUAAAAAAAAAAACCCUCCCUUUCAUUUGGAAUCACUUCCAGGCUGAGUGACACUUACCUGAACGACACUUAGCAUACCGCCUUGGUACACUAGUAGUUUAAAGGACACAAAUUAACACAUUAAAUAAUCAUGCAGAUAUUGCAUGUACUGGAAGAAAGCAGAAGCCAUGAAACUUUGCAUGGUAAGUACAGCCCACAGGAGAACAAGUAUCAGGGCAGAAUUAGGGAGAAGUUACAGUCUAGAUGCUCUCAUUUGUAAUCAUCCUAAGGAGUUGACCAUCCCUGUUUAAAGAUCACUCAGCAAAAUACCAAACUGUUGUUGACAUUAACACAUUCUAUGAGUGCCCUGCUGCAUAGCAAAACGCCAUGAGGGUGUGCAUCAGCUGUUCUAGGAACUUACUUCCAAAUAUGUGAAUUAUGAGUUCACUUAAAUGAAGUGUCUCUCAGAUAAGUUUACAUUUCUUAAUUGAAAAGGACAGUUUAAGACAAAUUGUCUCUCAAA